AUGCCAGCUCGACCUCAUAAAUUUAGGAGGCAAUGUCACCUCGUCACCAAUUUCCCUCUCAAUGCUGCACCGUUCACCGCCGUGACGAUGUUGUCAGACCACAACUCCCAAAUAGUCCUCCACGUGACCCAAUGGAGCCGAGGCACAGACUCCGAGGGCAAAACUCGACCGCUCCACUGGGCACUCACCUUCAAAACCUCCGGCUCUCACUUGCGGCCAAUAGGGAAUGCCUAUAACGUCGCCGGCAAUGUCGAUACAUUCUGCUACGAGGCACAGCGGGACAUUCCUCUCCGCCACGAUUUGUGGCGCGGUUCACUUGCCGUCGGCCGCAUCCCAGUCGAGUCCAUAGACCAGUUCGAAAAGAUCUUGUCCGAAAUCCCCAUCGUCCGUCACGAUCCGGAGUGGAAUUCUCAAAAUUGGGUCUGGACUGCGCUCCGCGAGCUCAGGCAGCAGGGCUUCGCUAUCGAGUAUAACCUCUCGUUUGACAAGCUCCGGUCCCACAUGUACGGGCUCUCCGAGGCUUGGGAAAAUGGGGACAUCUAG